GCGGCGUUUCGGAAAUUUUAAAAUUAAAGGCGGGGCGGCCCGUGCGCUCUGGAAAGCGGCGGAGGUUGAGCUUCUGCGCCAGUUGGUUUGGAGUCAGCCUUGGCGGGAUGGCGGAGGAAGGGGCUGUCGCGGUGUGCGUGCGGGUCCGUCCGCUCAACGACAGAGAAGAAGCUCUUGGAGGAGAUACCCAAAUUUACUGGAAAACUGACAAUAAUGCCAUUUAUCAAGUUGAUGGCAGUAAAUCCUUCAAUUUUGAUCGUGUUUUUCACAGUAAUGAAACUACUAAACAUGUGUAUGAAGAAAUAGCAGUCCCAAUCAUAGAUUCUGCCAUACAAGGCUACAAUGGUACCAUAUUUGCCUAUGGGCAGACUGCUUCAGGAAAAACAUACACGAUGAUGGGUUCACAGGAUUAUUUGGGAGUAAUACCCAGGGCAAUUCAUGACAUUUUUCAAAAAAUUAAAAAGUUUCCUGAUAGGGAAUUUCUCUUACGUGUGUCUUACAUGGAGAUAUACAAUGAAACCAUUACAGACUUACUCUGUGACACUCAAAAAAUGAAGCCUUUAAUAAUUCGGGAAGACUUCAAUAGGAAUGUGUACGUGGCUGAUCUCACAGAAGAAGUUGUUUAUACAUCAGAUAUGGCUUUGAAGUGGAUCACAAAGGGAGAAAAGAACAGACAUUAUGGAAUUACAAAAAUGAAUCAAAGAAGCAGUCGUUCUCAUACCAUAUUUAGGAUGAUUUUGGAAAGUAGAGAGAAAGGGGAACCUUCCAAUUGUGACGGAUCUGUCAAAGUGUCCCAUUUGAAUUUGGUUGAUCUUGCAGGCAGUGAAAGAGCUGCUCAAACAGGCGCUGAAGGUGUGCGACUCAAAGAAGGCUGUAAUAUAAAUCGAAGUUUAUUUAUUUUGGGACAAGUAAUCAAGAAACUUAGUGAUGGACAAGUUGGUGGUUUCAUAAAUUAUCGAGAUAGUAAAUUAACACGAAUUCUCCAGAAUUCCUUGGGUGGAAAUGCAAAAACACGUAUCAUCUGCACGGUUACUCCAGUGUCUUUUGAUGAAACCCUUACAACUCUACAGUUUGCAAGCACUGCCAAGUAUAUGAAGAAUACUCCUUAUGUUAAUGAGGUAUCAAGUGAUGAAGCUCUCUUGAAAAGAUACAGAAAAGAAAUAAUGGAUCUUAAGAAACAGUUGGAGGAGGUUUCCUUAGAGACUCGGGCCCAGGCAAUGGAAAAAGACCAGUUGGCCCAACUUUUAGAAGAAAAAGAUUUACUUCAAAAAGUACAGACUGAGAAAAUUCAGAACUUAACACGGAUGCUGGUGACCUCUUCUUCCCUCACAUCACAUCAGGAAUUAAAGGCUAAAAGAAAACGAAGAGUCACUUGGUGUCUUGGCAAAAUUAACAAAAUGAAGGACUCAAAUUAUAUAAAUGAAUUUAAUAUGUCAACAAAUAUAACAACACGUAAGGCAGCUCUAACAGUAGUGGGCGAAAUUGAUGAAUCUCUCUGCUCAGAGUCUGAUGUUUUCAGUAAUACUUUUGAUACAUUAAAUGAAACAGAGUGGAAUCCAGCAACAAAGCUACUAAGUCAGGAGAACUUAGAAAGUGAGCUGAAUUCACUUCGUGCCAACUAUGAUAAUCUGGUAUUGGACUAUGAACAACUAAGACAAGAACAUGAAGAAAUGGAAUUGAAAUUAAAAGAAAAGAAUGAUUUGGAUGAAUUUGAGGCUCUAGAAAGAAAAGCAGAAAAAGAUCAGGAGAUGCAACUAAUUCAUGAAAUUUCCAACUUAAAGAAUUUAGUUAAGCAUGCAGAGGUGUAUAAUCAAGACCUUGAGAAUGAACUAAGUUCAAAAGUAGAGCUGCUUAGAGAAAAGGAAGACCAGAUUAAGAAGCUACAGAAAUACAUAGACUCUCAGAAGUCAGAAGAUAUUAAAACGGACUUGUCCUACUCAUCGGAAAGCACUGAAGACCUAAAACAAAUGAAACAGACUUUACUUGAUGCUGAAACUGUAGUCCUUGAUGCUAAGAGAGAAUCAGCCUUUCUUAGAAGUGAAAAUCUGGAGCUGAAAGAGAAAAUGAAAGAACUUAGAAGUAGAUACAAGCAAAUGGAGAAUGAUAUUCAGUUAUAUCAAAGACAGUUGGAGGCAAAAAAGAAAAUGCAAGUUGAUCUGGAAAAAGAAUUACAAUCUUCAUUUAAUGAGAUAACGAAACUCACCUCCCUUAUUGAUGGCAAAGUUCCAAAAGGUUUGCUCUGUAAUUUGGAACUGGAAAGAAAGAUUACUGAUUUCCAGAGAGAACUAAAUGAAAAAGUUGAAGAAAAUGAAGCUUUGCAUAAAGAAGUUAAGUUGCUCUCAGCGUUGAAAUCUUUACCCUCAGAAAUAGAAAUGCUGAGGAAAGAGAUACAUGAUAAAUCUGAAGAGCUCUAUAUAAUAACAUCGGAAAGAGAGAAAUUGAAUUCUGAAGUAGUUCAAAAGGAAAGUAGAAUUCAAGAUUUACUUGAAGAAAUUGGGAAAACUAAAAAUGAUCUAGCAACUAUCCGGUUGAAUUAUGAAAGCACUGAUCAAGAAUUCCAAGAUUUUAAAAAUCAUCAUAUUGAAUUAGAGCAAAAGUAUAAGAUGGUCCUUGAAGAGAAUGCAAGAAUGAAUCAGGAAUUAGGAAAUCUCUCUGAACAAGCUCAAAAACUUGGUUUAAGUUUGGAUGCUUUGAGCAACACAGAGCUUUCUCCCAAAUCUGAAGAACUUCUACAAAAAACAACUGAGAGUCAAAAAAGAUUAAAUGAAGUGGAAGAGCUGAAGGAACAAUUAGAAAGUACAGGUUCAAGGCUGCAAACUAUAGAAAAGGAAAAAACACUGAUUGCUGAGCAACUUCAGCAAACCUUGGUAGAAGUAAGAACCUUAACCCAAGAAAAAGAUGACCUAAAACAACUCCAGGAGAGCCUGCAGAUUGAGAGGGACCAACUCAAAAGUGACAUUCAGGAUACUGUAAACAUGAAUAUAGACACCCAAGAACAAUUACGAAAUGCUCUUGAAGCUUUGAAACAACACCAAGAAGUAAUUAACACACUAAGACUGAAAAUUGCUGAGAAAACUUCCAGGCAUUUGGAAACAGAGGAAAACCUAGGAGAAGCUAAGGAUGAAUUCCAGGAAGAGAUGGUUGACACAGAUAAAAAACAGAAUUUGAAAGCCAAAAAUACUCAAGCACUGGUUGUGAAUGUUGAAGAUAAUGAGCUAACUGAGCAACAGAGAAAUAUAUUUUCUUUAAUACAGGAGAAGAAUGAACUGCAACGAAUGUUAGAGAGUGUUACAGCAGAAAAGGAACAGUUAAAGACUGACUUAAGGGAAAAUAUUGAAAUGACUAUUGAAAACCAAGAAGAAUUGAGAAUUCUUGGAGAUGAACUUAAAAAGCAACAAGAGAUACUUGUACAAGAAAAGAACCACACUAUAAAGAAAGAAGAAGAACUCUCUAGGACCUAUAAGAAAUUAGCAGAAGUUGAAGAAAAGUUAAAGGAAAAGAACCAACAACUACAAGAAAAACAGCUACAACUUCUUAGUGUACAAGAAGAAAUGAGUGAGAUGCAGAAAAAGAUGAAUGAAAUGGAGAAUGUAAACAAUGAAUUUAGGAACCGAGAACUGACAUUGGAACGUAUAGAAAUGGAGAGGCUAGAGGUGGCUCAGAAGCUCCAUGAAAAUGAUGAGGAAAUGAAAUCAUUAACCAAAGAAAGAAAUGAUCUAAAGGAAUUACAGGAAUCAUUUGAAUUAGAGAGAGAGCAACUUGAAGGAUUCAUAAGAGAAAUCGAAGUUACAAUCCCAGUGCUUCAUGAGGAACAGGAGCUACUGCCUAAUGUGAAAGAAGUCAGUGCUACUCAGGGAACAAUGAAUGAAGGGGAGAUAUUGAAAAAGCAGUCCAAAACCAAGGAUUCAAUGACACCAGCACGCAUAGAAAUAGAAAGGCUUGGGUUGACUGCAAAACUUCCAGAAAGUCAUGAAGAAAUAAAAUCUCUAACUGAGGAAAGAGACAACCUUAAAACAAUAAAAGAAGCAGUUCAGGUUGGACAAGAGCAACUGAAAGAAGACAGUAGAGAAAUGUUGGCUGAAGAUUCUCUUAAUAUCUCAGAACCUCAAAAUAAACAAGAACAGUCCUUUGACAUGAAAGAAAGAGAAGAUGAAGCUGAGGAAAUCGUGAGUGAGUUGGAGCAACUGCAGGAGCAGCUUAAAGCCAAAGAGGCACCACAGCCAAGAGUGGGCAUGGAAAGGCUUGAGAUGUCUGAGAAGCUACAAGAAGUUCUUCAGUCUGAAACUAACCAACUCAAAGAAAACAUGAGAGAAAUCAUAGCUAAACACCUGGAAACUGAAGAGGAACUGAAAGUUGCUCGUUGUCACCUGAAAGAACAAGAGGAAACUAUUGAUAAGCUGAGAGUGAAUCUUUCAGAGAGGGAAACUGAACUAUCCAGCCUUCAAAAGGAAUUAGAAAUAACCAAUAAUGAAUUACAGAAAAAGAUCCAAGAGCUUCAUGAGAAACAGCAAUUUAUGAGCACCAAAGAAAUCACUGAGACUCAGGAAAAAAUGAGUGAACUGGAGCAAUUAAAGGAGCAACUCAGAGUCAAAGACUCAUCAUUACAAAAUAUAGAAAGUGAGAAGCUCAAGUUGACUGAGAAACUUCAGGAAAGUCAAGAUAAAAUAAAAAUUGUAAUUAAGGAAAGAGAUGAACUGAAAAGAGUACAGGAACUUCUUCAAAUGGAGAGAGACCAACUCAAAGCAAACAUUAAAGAAAUUGUAGCUGAGGAGUACCAACAAACCAUUAGUACUAGGAAUAUUUCAAAGAAGACAGACCAAGAAGCAAAUAUUGAGAGAGUUAUAGAAAGUUCAGAUGCUGAAUCACAAGAAAAGAUUCAAGAACUUCAGGAGAAAGAGCAUCAGCUUCUUAAGAUGAAAACUGUCAGUGAGACUCAGGAAAAAAUAUGUGAGAUGGAACACUUGAAGAACCAGUUUGAGGCCCAAAAGUCAACUCUGGAAAAUAUAGAAAUGGAGAAUGCAAGGUUAACUCAGAGACUUCAUGAAAACCUUGAAGAAAUGAGAUCUGUUACAAAAGAAAGAGAUGAUCUUAGGAGUAUAGAGGAGACUCUCAAAGUAGAGAGAGACCAGCUCAAGGAAAACCUGAGAGAAACUGUAAUUAGAGACCUGGAAAAACAAGAGGAACUAAGAAUUGCUCGCAUGCAUGUGAAAGAGCACCAGGAAACUAUUGAUAAACUCAGGGGCCUUGUUUCUGAGAAGACAGAUGAACUAUCAAAUAUGCAGAUAGAUUUAGAAAACACAAAUGAUGCCUUAAAAACACAGAUCCAAGAACUUCAGGAGAAAGAACAUCAACUUCUUAAAGUAAAAAAUGAUCUCAGAGAAAAUAUGUAUCAAACAGAGCAAUUGAAGGAGCAAUUACAGGCCCAACAUUCAACCCUGGAAAGUGUAGAAACUGAGAGGCUGAGGUUAAGUCAGAAACUUCAUGAAAACCUUGAAGAAAUAAAAUGUGUUACUGAGGAAAGAGACACUCUAAAAAGAGCAGAGAGAACCCUCAGGAUGGAGCAAUGCCAGCUCAGAGAAAGCCUCAGAGAAAAGGAAGCUCAAGAUCUGGAAAAACAAGAAGAACUAAGAAUUGUUUGCAUGCAUGUGAAAGAGCACCAGGAAACUAUUGAUAAACUCAGAGGCCUUGUUUCUGAGAAGACAGAUGAAAUAGCAAAUAUGCAAAUGGAUUUAGAAAAUUCAAAUGCUAAAUUACAAGAAAAGAUUCAACAACUUAAGGCAAAUGAACAUCAACUUUUUAAGCUAAAGGAGGAUGUCAGUGAGACACAGAAAAAGACGUCUGAAAUAGAGCGAUUGAAGAAACAAUUGAAGGGCCAAAGUUUAACUCUGGAUAAAAUAGAAAUGGAGAACUUAAAUUUGGCUCAGAAACUUCAUGAAAACCUUGAAGAAAUGAAAUCUGUAAUGCAAGAAAGAGAUAAUCUGAAAUUGGAGAGAGACCAGCUCAAGACAAACCUACAGGAAACCAUAGCCAGAGAUUUGGAAACACAACAAGAACUAAAAAUUGCUCUUUUGCAUUUGAAAGAACACCAAGAAACUAUUGAUAAAUUCAGAGAGAGAGUUUCAGAAAAGACAACUCAGAUUUCAAAUAUCCAAAAGGAUUUAAAUAAAUCUAAAGAUGAGUUACAGAAAAAGAUAGAAGAACUUCAGAAAAAAGAGCUUCAACUUCUCAAAAUGAAAGAAGAUGUCAAUAAAACUCAUAAAAAUAUAAACAAAAUGGAACAAUUGAAGCAACAGUUUGAGGCCCAGAACUUAUCUAUGCAAAGUGUGGAAAUGGAUAACUUAGACUUGACAAAGAAACUUCAUAAAUGCCUUGAAGAAAAAAGAAUUAUAGCUAAGGAAAGAGAUGAGCUAAGGAGGAUAAAAGAGUCUCUCAAAAUGGAAAGAGACCAAUUCAGAGAAACCUUAACAGAGAUGAUAGCUAGCGACCAACAGAACCAAAAAGAGAUAGUAAAAUAUGAAAAAAGGUUACAAUGUAAUGAAAAACACCACCUCACAGAAAGCCUAAGGGAGAAGUGCUCUAGGAUAAAAGAGCUUCUGAAGAGAUACUCAGAGAUGUAUAAUCAUUAUGAGUGCUUAACUAGACUAUCCCUUGACUUGGAGAAAGAAAUUGAAACCCAAAAAGAGCUUUCAGUUACAAUAAAAGCAAACCUCUCACUUCCACAUUCACAAAUCAAACAAAUUGAAAAACUUCUCGCUGUAAACCAAAGAUGUUCAAUGGAAUUCCACAGAAUCAUCAAGAGAUUUCAGUACGUGUUAAGCCAGAUUACAAAGAUAAAGGAAGAACAACAUGAAUCCAUAAAUAAAUUAGAAGUGGUUUUUAUUGAUGAAGUGGAAAAGCACAAUGAACUGGUAAUUAAAAUACAGCACCUUCAACAAGAUUUUAAUGUACCAUCUGGAGAAUUAACGGACCUCAAAUUGAGCCAGAAGAUGGAUCUACGUAUUGAGGAAAUUCUCAAAGAUCUUUCAGAAAAUGAUUUCCACUUACUAAAGACUGAAUUUCAACAAGUGCUAAGUAAUAGGAGAGAAAUAACCCAGUUUUUGGAAGAAUGGUUGAAUACUCAUUUUGAUAUAGAAAAGCUUAAAAAUGGCAUCCAGAAAGAAAAUGAUAAUAUUUGUCAAGUGAAUAACUUCUAUAAUAACAAAAUAAUUGCUAUAAUGAAUGAAUCUACAGAGUUUGAGGAAAGAUAUGCCAUCAUAGCCAAAGAAUGGGAACGUGACCUGAAUUCAGUGAAAGAGAAAAAUGAACAACUAUUUAAAAACUAUCAAACUUUGAAGCUCACCCGGACGUCUGGUAUCCCGGUAAAUUCUGCCACAGAAGACAAUAAGAAUCUUCAUGUUACAUCAGGAGCCACACAACUAACCACAGAGAAAAUUCAGGAGCUGGAAGCUUCACUGCAUGAAGCUAAAGAAAGUGCUUUGCACAAGGAAAACAAGAUUGUAAAGAUGCAGAAAGAACUUGAGAUGACUAAUGACAUCAUAGCAAAACUUCAGUCGCAAGUUAAUGAAUCAAAUAAAUGCCUUGAAAAAACAAAAGAAAGGAUCCAAUUACUUCAGGAUAAAGUUGCUUUAGGAGCUAAGCCCUAUAAAGAAGAAAUUGAAGAUCUCAAGAUGAAACUGGUGAAAAUGGAUCUAGAAAAGAAGAAGAAUGCCAAAGAGUUUGAAAAAGAAAUUACUUCUACAAAGGCCACUGUAGAACAUCAAAAAGAAGUUAUAAGGGUACUGAGAGAAAAUCUCAGAAGAAAUCAACAAGCCCAGGAUACCUCAAUUGUAUCAGAAUAUACGGACUCUCAGCCUCCAAAUAAACCCUUAACUUGUGGAGGUGGCAGUGGCAUCGUACAAAGCACAAAAGCUCUUAUUUUAAAAAGUGGAUAUAUACGGCUAGAAAAGGAAAUCUCUAAGUUAAAACAGCAAAAUGAACAGCUAAUAAAGCAAAAGAAUGAACUAUUAAGCAAUAACCAUCAUCUUUCCAACGAAGUCAAAACAUGGAAGGAGAGAAUCCUUAAAAGAGAGGCUCACAGAGAAGUUACUUGUGAGAAUUCUCCACAGUCUCCUAAAGUGACUAUAACAGCUCCCAAAAAGAGGCCGCAUACGCCUUCUCAAUGCAAGGAACGGAAUUUACAAGAUCCUGUGCCAAGGGAAUCGCCAAAGUCUUGGUUUUUUGACAGCCGAUCAAAGUCUUUACCAUCACCUCAUCCAGUUCGCUACUUUGAUAACUCGGGUUUAGGCCUUUGCCCAGAAGAACAAAUUGCUGGAGCAGAGAAUGUGGAUCCUCAGCCUGGUCUAUGGCAUGCCUCCUCAGGAAAAGAUGUGCCCGAGUGCAAGACCCAGUAGACUCCUCUACUGUCACUUUUCUGGGGGCCCAGUAUUCUGUGUUUGGAAAUUAUUACUUUAUGUGCCUAUCCCUGGCAUUGUUGUCACAAUCCAACUUAAUUUCAAUUCAGUUUUUACUUUGCCGUUACAAUUAGAAGAUGAAGGAACAGGAGAUUAAUGCAUUCCAGUAAUUUAGAAUGGUGAUAGCAAUAUCUUCUUCUUGAAUGUGGUAAUACUUUAGAAGUUGAAUUGUUUUAUUUAUAUAUUUUGUAAAGAGCAAAAUUAUUGAAGGAAAUUUCCAGUCUUUCAUGUAUACAUAAAAUGUAUUCAUUUUUAUUAAUGUAAUGUUAUCCACAUAUGAUUUAGAUAAUUCUAAGGCAUAAUAUAUCCAUUAAAGCAUCAUUUAAUUUGUAAAAUUAUAAGCUUUUUUUUAAGUACCUAAUAAAUGUUUAAUUAGUGGUUCUGAAUCACAACUCUAAUAA